GAGACUUCAGCGGCAUUGGAUAGGAAGGGUGGCUUUCUUUUUCAUCUCCUCCUCCUUCAUUGUUCGCGCAGCGGAACCAGGGCGUUGUUCCUUCGGUCCCGCCCUUCACUUCUCCUUCUCAUCGAGCUAGAUGCGAAACGGGAACAAGCUGUGGGUUUUGUGGGGAGAGUUAUGGGCAAGGUGCGUGCUUGUGCAUACACAGGACCCAUUGAAUUUUUUUUUUCAAGGGCGGUGUCAUCAGAAGAAAAUUGUAUCUUUGUGACUGAGCAAAUAAGCCGAUCACCUCCUCCAGGUUUUUAUGACCCAAACCCUAAUUACAGAGAAGAAUAAAGGACCUUCGUUCUUGGCUCAAAGUUGCGCUUUCUCCGUCGCUUUCUAAGGAGCCUUAAGCAGAGUUCCCUCCCUUCCGGAGCACAGACGCUCAGAGGCUGGCUUUUGCGCUUUUGAUUUCGCGACCUGAGCAUAUGCAAUUAAAAAUAGAUCUGUUUUUUUCGGGGGAGGAGCGGAAGGAAAACUUGUUGAAGCGCUACAACAGAUUUACUACACCCAUCCUCCAGAUUCAAUUUGUUUCAAGCCAAAGCCCUUUACCCGCCGAAUCUGGCUUGCAAAGAGCUUCGCGAAAGGGCGCCUCUGAGGACCUCUCACAAGUGACGAGCCCAGGAAUCUGAGGAGAGGGAAUUAAAGGGCUUAAAACCCAUUACAAGGAAAUAUUUCACACUUCAAAGUAUUUCCAAGCUGUCAUUGCUGACUGCCCAAAACACUGGGUGCAAAGGGAUCGGCUGGCGCAUGCUUGCCUAAGCAAGCCCAGAGGCCAUGUCGGCAGUCGCAGUAUAAAAUAUCUUGGCAACGUUUUUUCCUGCCCUGUUCUUAAAACUCCACCUCAUCUCAACCUAUGAGUAAGACGGGCUUGAGUCAUGCUAAAUUGUUUUGAGGUUUGAUAUUCUAAAUUGUUAAAAGUAGCGUUUCCUUGCUAAAUGUUUGGUGUAUUUUAAAGAUAUUUACCCAUAUAGUGUGGCUGUAUUACUAUAAUCCUCAUUUUUCCUACCACCUUCUAUUGGUAUCUUAUGAGUUAUCACUUGUUUGCAUCUUAUGAAUUAUGAUGGUAACUAUGAUUUAUGAUCAAUGACUUACCACUUGGUUGUUUGUAUGUACACUGAGAGCUUAUGCAUCGGAGACAAAUUCCUUGUUUGUCCAAUCGCACUUGACCAAUAAAGAAUAUUUUAUUAUAAAGCUAGCGAGAGCCCCAAAUCACUUUGCUAGUCAUUACGACCGAGGUCAAAUCAGGUGGUUAGCAGCGGGAAGGGAGAGAUAUUUAUUGGUUGUUUCAGAAUGAGGUGAAGCUGUCUCUUCCAUUUAGCCAUUCUAUUGUCUCCCUAGGGAGCUGCAAACGUAAGUAAUGCCACUGCCUAACUGCUGGCGUGCUUAGUUGGGAGUACAGAAGAGCUUUAUAACGUUGUAUAGAUUUUGCCGCGUGGUGCGUAGUUUAAAUAGCAAACCAAUGGAACGAUGUGCCAACUCCCUGUCCCUGGCCUGCAGAACAAAGGCAUCUGGAAAUCAGCAUGUAUUGACAACCUCAAAAAAAGAAAAGAAAGAGGAGAGAGACCUUAAGGAAAAGUGCUGCCUGUGACUCAGCUCCUUUUGUGACUCAGAUUAAAAAAAAAAACAGCUUGGGUUAUGACAAAAUGGGGAGUAGAAGGUUGAAGACAGGAAACAGCCUAUAGAUCACAAUCCUGCAGUAAGUCCCAACCUGCUGCUACUGUACUGUAAUUGGUGGAUGUUUUGCUUACGGACUGAUCACGUGCAAAAGGGGGGGAGAACAAAGCCUGUCAUUUUUUUUUCUUUUUUUGCAGUUUAAUUCGAUAAUAGGGAAAGACCCCGAUAUAGCGUGGCGCCUACUGCCAUCUGUUGAGCAUGGUGUAGAAUGGCGUUGACAAAGGCUAUUGAUGUUUUAAAAAGUCAUCUGGGCUUCAUUAUGCUGAGAUUGAAGAUAAAUACAGAAUACUUAGAGUCGAAGUUGGCAGAAAAAAUCGUGUGAAAGAGCGUCUUGAACUCAUCUUUAUUACAGAGAGGACAUUUCCUUUGUGAAUGACUGCAAGGAUUAUUAUGCCUCUACGGACCUGCCGAAGAAAUAUUUUGCAAUUCAGCCCGAGGAAGCACGCCAGGCAAGUCAGUCUGGAUUUCUUAAUAAAGAUUGUAUUUUGGCACACACUUAAAAGGAAGUCAAGACUGGUAUUUAUAAAGGAAAAAAGCAAGCUGAGUCAAUGUACAGAACACUCAUGUUCUCAGAAUAUUUCUCAGCACCAAGUACAGCAUGAAUUGUGCAGAAAUCUCUCAGAGGAAAAACACAAUCAAGAACCACAUUAUUGAUUAUAAUGGAUUCUGCAAUUGUCUUCCAGUCUGCAGAGGAAAAACACAUUUUCUGCAAGACUCCCUGGAGAUGAGACCUAGGCCUGCCAAGAAUCAGGUUCAGAUGGCAACAUAAAAGAAGGUGUUUCCCAGAGGUCACAGGCAGCUGCUAACUGUGAAUGAGCCCGGGGUCUGUCGUUAUGGAUCUAUGUCUGAUUGCUGCUAUGGCUGGAAAAGAAAUCACAAACAGCUCUGUGAAGAGACUAAAUGUCUAGAGAAUAUUCCCCUGGAAGAUGUAUCUCCAGACUUCAACAGCUAUCUGUGUAGAUGGAUGCAAAUAUGGUGAAUGUGUGUUGCCAGAUACAUGUAAAUAUUACCCUGGAUAUACAGGGAAAAGCUGCAACCAAGAUAUCAAUGAAUGUGGAUUAAAGCCACAUGUUUGCGAACACAGAUGCAUGAACACUCACGGAAGCUACAAAUGCUAUUGUUUAAAUGGGUACAUGCUCAUGCCAGAUGGCACCUGUGCCAAUUCCAGAACAUGCACCAUGGUGAAUUGCCAAUAUGGUUGUGAAGAAGUGAAAGAUGAUGUGCGAUGCUUGUGUCCGUCAAGUGGACUUCAGCUAGCGCCAAAUGGAAAAACCUGCAUAGAUAUUGAUGAAUGUGCCACUGGCAGAGCAGUUUGUUCUUUCAGUCGAAGAUGUAUCAACACAUUUGGAAGUUUUUAUUGCAAAUGCCAGAUUGGAUAUGAACUGAAACACCUGAAUGGCAGAUAUGACUGUGUAGAUAUAAAUGAAUGUAUAGCAAGUACACCAAAAUGUAACUUGUAUGCAGAAUGCCUGAACAUUCAAGGUUCCUUCAAGUGUAAAUGUAAACUGGGCUAUAGAGGCAAUGGUUUUGAAUGCUCAGUUGCUCAUGAAAAUUCAGUGAAAGCAAUUCACAGAAUGUCUGGCAUUACCAAAGAGAAAUUCAAGAAACUGCUUCUUUACAAGAAAAGUGCAAAAAAGCAUGAUGACAUAAAAAAUACAAUCCCAGCAUCUAAAGCUCAUGUGAGUCCUUUAGAUUAUGAAGAUGACUUGUAUCCAGAGAGUACCUUCAGUAAAUGGGGGGAAAGCACUGAAGACAUCAGAAAAGACAGAAAAACAAUAGAACAAGAAAGUGUUGAAGAAGAAGGAGAAAUUGAAUACCUCAAAAACCAGACUGUCCAUGAAAAGAAACUCAGGGGAGAUGUAUUUUACAAAGAAGCUGCUGUUUUUGGUCCUCACAUAGCAUACAAAAAAAUUCCAGAUUUAAAAGAAAACAUACAAGUUGUAGACUGCAGCUUUGGUCAAGGUUCUUGUGCUUGGCAACAAGAUGCAGAUGAUGACUUUGACUGGAAUCCUGCAGAUCAUGAGUUUGGUGAUGGAUAUUACAUGACAGUUCCAGCCUUCAUUGGUCACAAGAGAGAUAUUGGGCGUAUGAAACUUCUUCUCACCCAUCUGGAGCCAAAGAGCAUUUAUUGUUUGAUUUUUAGUUAUCAAUUUACAGGAGAAAGGGUGGGAAAACUUCAAGUAUUCCUAGGCAACACUACUAGCAGUCCUUCCUGGGAACAGAAUAUGGGAAAUGAUGAACGAUGGAGGAUUGGACAGAUUGAAGUGCACACAGGGGCUGAAACAGCUAUGAAUGUCACUUUUGAGGCAGAAUGUGGGAAAGGUAAAACUGGAGAAACUGCAGUUGAUGCCAUUCUACUAUUUUCUAAUUUAUGUUUUGAAGACCUCUUAAUGUUGGAUAUCUGAACAGAUUAUUUUAUUUCUAUUAUAUUAUAUAUAUAAUAUUAUUUUAAAAUAUCAGACAGAGAUGCUGUAACCUAGAUGAAAUGUAGAUCUGGGAACUGCAUCUUUUUUUAAAAAAAUGAUAGAUUUAGAUGUUUCUGGUUAGUUUAUUUGUACCUAAACAUAUUACAUUUUCCAGUACAUGUAACUAUACAAUUUAACUUGUAGUCAUGUUAUACAAAAAAAUGUCUAGUGUUCUAGUGGCAAAGAAUAAUCUUUGCAUAAAAUCCAUUUAAGAUAAAUUUUGCUUUAUUUGAACGUUCCCUAUGUUUUCCUAUAAUAUUGUGAUGUUUUAGAACAGGGUGGUAAAGCCUUUGGCAAAGUACAAUUUGACAUUAUGGCCUAGGACCAGUUUUUUAAACAUAGUUGCUGAAACCUGAUGGCAUGGCUUCCUGACAUUCUGAAGAGCAAAUCAUACAAAAUACGGUAAAAGUUCUAAAAUAAAUUUCUAACAACAAUAAAAAAACCAAAAGGACCCUAUCUUCAAAUAGUCUUGGUCCUGCUUACUGUAUAUACAGUAUGUAUGUGACUAUCACAUGACUGCUGAUUUUGCAAACUUGUUUCACAUAAUAUGGCUCUCUCAAAGAACAUUAAAUAUGGCUACAACCAUACAAGGCACACCUACCGCUGUCUUAGAGGUUGCACCAGUUUAUGGCCACUAAAAAUGGCCUUACACUGUGGAUGUUUAUUGGAGUUACUGUCACUUAUUGCAAUAAAUAUGUAUAGUGGACAAGACACUUAUAGCUCUCAAAACAUUUAGAAAUUCACUGUUCAGGUACUUCAUGUUUCUACUGACACUGGUACCAGUAUAGUAUACUGUAUAUAAGUAUACUAGUAUACUAGUAUAUAAGCUCAUCUGUGGAUAAGCUGACCUGCAAAUGUUUAACCAAAAUACCAUGAAAAAUGUGUCACCUGCAGAGAAGCCAAACUGGAUUUUUCAUGGUAUUUUGAUUAAAUAUUCGAGGGAUUGUUUAUCCACAGAUGGGCUUAAAUCAGUGAUGAAAUUCAAUUUUUUAACAACUGGCUCUGUGGGUGUGGCUUAUUGGGGGGCGGAGGGCAUGGCUUGGUGGUCAUGUGACUGGGUGGGCAUGGCUAUGUGCAUAGGGACUACCCACAGGGCUGAAAAAAGUGAUUUCUGACAGGUCCUCACACUUUUGACUGGUCCUCGCACUUAUGACUGGUCAUCAUUUAUGCCCGUUGCAGCAUUCUUAACAACUGUGUCACUCAUUUCACAACUGCUUCUCUUCACCAUGAUGACAAGAUAGGGCGCAAAACGUAAAAUGUGAGGAGUCAAAAGUGCGAGGACCAGUCAAAAAUCACUUUUUCAGCCCUCUGAGUAGUCCCUAUGCACAUAAGGACUACCCAAAGGGGUGAAAAAAGUGAUUUUGAUCAUAAUAGACAGAAAAAUAUUUUUGCUUUAUGGAGUACUCGCCCCCCCCCCCAAAGACAACUGGUUCUACUUCUAGGCGUAUGAAAAUGAGAUUCACUGUGUAUAAGCUUUCAUUUUCAGUGAAGAAAUAGCUUUGAGUACCCAUUCUUAUGAUUUCUCACAUAUAAACUAAGGGCUCUGCCUCUGUUUGCCAAGAAUUUAUGUCCAACUUCAGAGUGUUCCCAGAUUUUUGGAUCAGAUUCAAAGUAUUUUGGUAUAUCAUGGCAGAAAAAUAUGCAACCCAAAACCCAGCUGGGAAUUAUAUAUAUUUAAAAGUAGAUAAAUAUAUAUUUUUAUCAAAGGGCUUGAAAGCAUUAAACAGUAUACAUAUAUGAUGUAUUUGGGAAAUGGAAGAUAGAUUCUCUCUUUUAUAAAUGCACUUAUUCAUAAUUUGAUAACAUUCUCGUAUAAUCUAUAUAGGGAAAAUAUGACAAACUGUCUUCUAAAAUGAAAAUCCAUUAAAGCUCUUUUAU